AUGCGGUUCCAUUACUUGCGAGAUCCCACUCCCACGAAUUUGCUGACUUCCCCGGAGGCUUUCAAAUACUUUGAAUACGGGAUGUUCUGUAUGGGAUGGCACACGCCCGUGAAGUCAAAGAUUUCGUACUAUAUCUUUGCAACUUUCAUUUUUUCCUGGUGUGUCAUCUACUUGCCCAUCGGAAUCAGCAUCAGUUUCAUGAAGGAUCUGAACACCUUCACGCCGAGCGAACUGGUGACAGUUCUGCAGCUGUUUUUCAACGCAGUUGGGAUGCCGUUCAAAGUGCUUUUCUUCAAUGUUUAUAUUUCUGGAUUUUACAAGGCCAAAAAGAUAUUGAGCCAAAUGGACCAGCGUUGUAAUACUUUGGAGGAGCGUACAGAGGUGCAUCGAUGGGUGGUUCGUUGCAAUAAGGCCUAUCUCAUCUACCAGAUGAUAUACACCUGCUAUACUUUAUCCACCUUUCUGUCGGCUGCCCUGAGUGGCAAAUUGCCCUGGCGUAUCUUCAAUCCCUUUGUGGAUUGGCGAGAAAGUAGGUUGAAUUUCUGGAAGGCUGCCCUGAACGAAACAGCACUUAUGUUGUGCAGUGUUACCCAAACCCUGAUGAGCGAUGUAUACCCCCUGCUAUAUGGCUUGAUCCUAAGAGCCCACAUCAAACUGUUGCACCUGAGGGUGGAUAAACUAUGCACUGAUCCCGAAAAAAACGAAGGGGAAAACCAAGAGGAUUUAAACAACUGCAUCAAGGAUCUGCAGCUCAUUAAGGAAUUUGCUGAUACUAUACGACCUGCUAUUGCCCACACUAUCUUUGUCCAGUUCCUGCUGAUUGGAAUCUGCCUGGGCCUGUCCAUGAUCAACCUGCUCUUCUUCGCAGACAUUUGGUCGGGCCUGGCCACAGUGGCCUAUAUCAAUGGCCUGAUGGUCCAGACCUUUCCAUUCUGCUUCGUUUGUGAUCUGAUCAAGUCGGAUUGUGAGCACCUCGAGAUGGCUAUUUUCCACUCCAACUGGAUAGAUACAAGUCGCCGAUACAAAACCUCUUUGAUCUUUUUCCUGAAGAACUCCCAGAAAUCCAUUGCCUUUACAGCCGGCUCUGUUUUCCCCAUAUCCACAAGCUCAAACAUAAAGGUUGCCAAGCUGGCCUUUUCGGUAGUUACCUUUGUAAAUCAACUGAACAUAGCUGACAGAUUGACCAAAAAUUAG